AGGAGGGUUAUCUGCACCGCCAUGGAGUACACGUCCUCCCCGAAGCCGCAGCUCUCCUCCCGGGCCAACGCGUUCUCCAUCGCCGCGCUGAUGUCCAGCGGGAAGAGCAAGGACAAGGAGGAGGAGAGCACCAUCAAACCUCUGGAGCAGUUCGUGGAGAAGUCCUCGUGCAACCAGCCGCCUCUGGCUGACCUCUCCUCGCUGGACGCGCACGGGGACUUCGGCGGGAGCACGCCGGCCGCGUGCACGGAGCCGCUCAUCCCCACCAAUCCGGGCAUCCCCAGCGAGGAGAUGGCGAAGAUCUCGUGCAGCCUGGAGACCAAAGAGCUGUGGGACAAGUUCCACGAGCUCGGAACCGAGAUGAUCAUCACCAAAUCUGGGAGGAGGAUGUUUCCGACCAUCCGGGUCUCGUUCUCCGGGGUGGACCAGGACUCCAAGUACAUCGUUCUGAUGGACAUCGUCCCGGUGGACAACAAGCGGUACCGGUACGCCUACCACCGCUCCUCCUGGCUGGUGGCCGGCAAGGCCGACCCCCCUCUGCCCGCCAGGUUGUACGUGCACCCGGACUCUCCGUUCACGGGAGAGCAGCUGAUGAAGCAGAUGGUCUCCUUCGAGAAGGUCAAGCUGACGAACAACGAGCUGGACCAACACGGACACAUCAUCCUGAACUCCAUGCACAAGUACCAGCCCCGAGUCCACAUCAUCAAGAAGAAGGAGCACACGGCCUCGCUGCUCAACCUCAAAUCUGAGGAGUUUCGAACGUUUGUGUUUGUUGAGACCGUCUUCACUGCUGUCACAGCGUACCAGAACCAGCUGAUCACCAAGCUGAAGAUUGACAGCAACCCGUUUGCCAAAGGUUUCCGGGACUCGUCUCGGCUCACGGACAUGGAGAGGUACUGGGGGUUCUGGGCCCGGAGCCGUCGGGAAAGUGUUGAGAAUCUGAUCCACAAGCACUCGUACGCCCGCUCGCCCAUCAGAACCUACGCCGGAGACGAGGAGAACCUGAGCGAGGACGCCGCCCACCCCAGAGGUUCAGCGUUUUCGGCCUCGGACAACCUCUCCCUGAGCUCCUGGGUCACCACCACCUCGGGCUUCUCAGGCUUUCAGCACCCACAGUCCCUCUCGGCCAUGGGCGCCGGCGCCGCCUCCUUACCCCACCCCAUCCAGGGCUCCCUGCCCCCUUACAGCAGGUUAGGCAUGCCGCUGACGCCCACCGCCCUGGCUGGAACCAUGCAGGGCAGCGGGCCGGCCUUCCCGUCCUUCCACAUGCCCCGCUACCACCACUACUUCCAGCAGGGGCCCUACGCCGCCAUCCAGGGCCUCCGCCACUCCUCCACGGUCAUGACGCCCUUCGUAUGACUCUGACUCCUGUUUGCAC